UCAAUAGGUGGCGUUGUUGUUUAUAAACAGAAGGAAGCAGUGCGGGAAUGACAGAUUGAAGUUUGCCUUGUUUCGAUACAUAUAUACAAUGAAAUUACUUAUAUUCGUGGGGUUGGUUGGACAUGUAUUUUGUGCAGGAGGGUUCGGGAGUCCGGGAAGUAUUGCUGCAUCCGAAAUUCCAGAUCAAGUUAUUGAAGCAACAAAACAAGAACUUCAAAAACAAAACCUUGUUUACACUGACACGGAUUUAAGAGCUCAGGCCUCUAAUGUCCAAAGACAGGUUGUAGCAGGAUAUAUCUACAAAUAUACUCUUACACUUAAUACUGCUGAUGGAGGACAACAAGAAUGUACCUUUAAAAUUUGGUACAAAGAAUGGGAGAAGUUUGUUCAAGUGGAGCAAUCAGAUUGUAAACCAGCAGGAAUCGUCAAACGUCAACUAGGCACCGGACAUUUCUUAGCAGGAGGAGUCAGUGCAGCAGACUGUAACUCAGAUAAAUUCCAGGCACCUCUCCAGGAAGCCGUCAGACAUGUCAACAUGAUGUCAAAUAGCAUGUUCCAUAUGACACCUGUACAAGUUACCAAAUGUACAUCACAGGUUGUUGCUGGAGCAAAGUACACAAUGAAUGUUGAUUUCCAACAGUCCGAGACCUGCAUGAAUGACAAGGAUCACAUGACAUCAUUGUUGGCUGAUUGUCCACCAAGUAACUCUGCUACUCAUACUGACCACUUCCAGUGCACAGUAAUUUAUGCACCAUGGCACAAAACUCAAUAUGAGACAGACUGUAAAAUGGUCCAGGAACAACCAAAACCAAAGUUUGGUAAUGAUGGACAUGACCUUUGUCAUGGUGGUAUGUUCAAGGAUUUCCAAAAAAAACAUCAGAAAUUUUAUUCAACUGAAGAUGAGGAGAAAAAAAGAUUUGGUAUUUUCUGUGAGAAUAUGAAAACUGUCAGAAAAAUCCAAGAGAAAGAACAAGGAACUGCAGUGUAUGGAGCUACAAAGUUUGCUGAUUUGACAGAGAAGGAAUUCAAGAAAUAUACUGGAAAGAAAUGGAAUCUGAUAAAGAAUACCAACAAAGACAUGAAACAAGCUUUUAUCAGACCAAGAUCAAUCCCAGAAUCCUUUGAUUGGAGAGAUCACAAUGCAGUCUCUGAUGUGAAGAAUCAGGGAAGUUGUGGAUCAUGUUGGGCUUUCUCUACAACAGGCAACAUAGAGGGACAGUGGGCAAUACAGAAGAAACAACUGGUAUCUUUAUCAGAACAGGAGUUGGUGAGCUGUGAUAAAGUAGACCAAGGAUGUGAAGGAGGAUUACCAUCCAAUGCAUACAAGGAAAUUGAAAGACUAGGUGGACUGGAGACAGAAUCAGAGUACAAGUAUGAUGGAGUUGAUGAAAAGUGCACCUUCAACAGAUCUGAUGCUAAAUUUUAUGUCAACGGCUCAUUGUCUAUAUCCAGUGAUGAAAAAGAAAUGGCACAAUGGCUGUAUGAAAAUGGACCUAUAUCUAUUGGUAUUAAUGCUUUUAUGAUGCAGUUUUACAUGGGAGGAAUCUCACAUCCCUGGAAGAUAUUCUGUAACCCUAAGGAGUUAGAUCAUGGUGUACUCAUUGUAGGAUAUGGUGUUGAUGGAAGCAAGCCCUAUUGGAUAGUGAAAAACAGCUGGGGACCAGACUGGGGAGAAAAGGGAUAUUACCUUGUGUAUCGUGGAGAUGGGGUCUGUGGUCUGAAUACCAUGUGUACAUCAGCUAUCGUUAAAUAAAGAAGUUAUGAUCCAACAACCAGUACUGUAUCUGUGAUUCAAAUUUAUAAAAUUUUACACUAUACCGGUACAUGUAUAUACACAAAGAAGAUUUAAAAAGUGGGGUUUUUUUUCAUAUCCGUUUUGGAAAUCUGUAUCAUAUGCUAACGUUUAUUUUGUUCAAAUUUAUUUAACUUAUUUUUUGUCAUUUUUGAAAUGUUUAAUUUGUAAUUACUUUUGACAUUGUUGAUAUUAUAAAAGGUUUGUGCAGUGUUUAUUUGUUGUAUGAAAUGUAAAUAGUGAAUAUUUUUUCAAGUUUAUAUCUAAACCUAUAAAUAAUUUUUGACUUAUAAAAUUCAGUAGAUCUAGGUUUUUAAGAAAGCACAAGUUUUCAAUUUCAAUUGUUAGGCUUACAUAGCAUUCAAAUUUUCUAAAAUAUAACUAUCUGUAGGAUGAAAUGGAAGGGAGUAAAAUGUCCAAAUGCCUUGAAAUACAUGUAAUACCUUAUUCUGUAAGAACAUUUAAAAUUCCAGUACACUUAUAUAUUUAUUCACAGUUGAAUUACAAUCAAAUUUUUUUUUCUUCAGAAUAAUGAAUUCAAAAAUUCAAACAGGAUAUUAAAGAAAUUUCAGAUCAAAUGAAAAAAAACCAUCUUAGUUGCAUUUUUCAAAUAAUAUAUUGAUGAUUUGUUGUCUACAAAAUGUACUAACUUAGUGUUGUGCGUAUAAAGAUAUAUUUAAAAUAUACUUAGUUAAGUAUUUAUUAAUCAGUAACAUUUUUAUGAUUUUUUUUUUAACUCAUACUUGAAAAUCAUUUUAAUAAUGGUUGUAAUAUAUAUAUAUAUGUAUUUAUUUUUUAUUACUAAAGAAAUGAAAUUAAAAAUGUUAUUAUAUAAAUGUUGACUUGAACAAAUACUACUGAUAGGCUUAAAAAUAAAAUCAAUAAUUUAAGAGCAAAUGUUUGAGACAGUUGAUCUGUUUUAAUAUAAAUGUUUAGUACAUUCCAUGGUUAGUUAAUAAUAUUGAUAGUUGUGCAGGUGUUUUUAUAAUAAAAAUCAUUUUUUGUUUCAGAUAUUUUCAUUGUUUUUCUCCACAAAUUCUCAAUAAAAUAUUUUUUCAUA